CAGGGCACCGGAAGUGGCCGUAGGCCGGCGUCCGGGCCGCGCCCGCAGUGAGUGAGCGUCCCUCCGGCCGGCGACGCCAUGGAGCCCGGGGCGGCCGAGCUAUACGACCAGGCCCUGCUGGGCAUCCUGCAGCACGUGGGCAACGUCCAGGACUUUCUGCGCGUGCUCUUCGGCUUCCUUUAUCGCAAGACGGACUUCUAUCGCCUGCUGCGCCACCCGUCGGACCGCAUGGGCUUCCCGCCGGGGGCCGCGCAGGCGCUGGUGCUGCAGGUAUUCAAAACCUUCGACCACAUGGCCCGUCAGGAUGAUGAGAAGAGGAGGAAAGAGCUGGAGGAGAAAAUCAGGAGAAAGGAAGAAGAGGAGGCCAAGGCUGCAGCAGCUGCCACCGCUGAGCAGGAGCCCGUGCCGGCCCCGGUUCAGGAGGUGGAGGUCGACUCCACCGCAGACUCGGGGGCGCCUCAGGAACCUCCAGGCCCACAGGGCCCUGCGCAGGAAGUGGGCCCUGGCUCAGGGCAGGCGGAGCCAGCAGGAGCAGAUGCUGGUGCUGCUGAGGUCCCCAGGGAACCACUGCCUCUUCCCAAGAGACAGGAGCAGUUCCAGAGAAACCCCGACAGCUACAACGGUGCUGUGCGCGAGAACUACACCUGGUCCCAGGACUACACCGACCUGGAGCUGAAGGUGCCAGUGCCCAAGCACGUGGUAAAGGGCAAGCAGGUCUCCGUGGCCCUCAGCAGCAGCUCCAUCCGGGUGGCCGUGCUGGAGGAGAGCGGGGAGCGGGUCCUCAUGGAAGGCACGUUCACCCACAGGAUCAACACGGAGAGCUCCCUGUGGAGCCUCGAGCCCGGGAAGUGCGUCCUGGUGAGCCUGAACAAGGUGGGCGAGUACUGGUGGAGCGCCAUCCUGGAGGGCGAGGAGCGCAUCGACAUCGACAAGAUCAACAAGGAGCGCUCCAUGGCCACGGUGGACGAGGAGGAGCACGCCGUCCUGGACAGGCUCACCUUCGACUACCACCAGAAGCUGCAGGGCAAGCCGCAGAGCCACGAGCUGAAAGUCCAUGAGAUGCUGAAGAAGGGGUGGGACGCUGAAGGCUCUCCCUUCCGAGGCCAGCGCUUCGACCCGGCCAUGUUCAACAUCUCCCCAGGGGCCGUGCAGUUUUAAUGACCGAAGGAGAGGCGGCCCUCGCGGCGGGGAGGCGGGGCCUUGGUGGUGUCCCUCAGCUCCCUCCUGCCAGGGACUCCCUGUCUGGUUCACCCUUGCCAUCCUUGCUUUCAAGGGCGAACCCGGCCUCCACACUGGCCCUGGGCCUCCAGACUGUUCCAGAGCAGGGUGGGCGGGGGCCGCGCGGCUGGUGCCCCGGCGGCGGGGCGGAGAGCAGGCGCCCCCGCCCUCUGCUUGCUGCUGUCUGUGAUCUUUGCUUUUGCUGCUCUGGCGCUUGGGGCGGGGCCUGCAGACUGUGGGCCGUGCUCCUGGCAGUUUGGGGAAACCUCAGCCUUGUCCUCUUGCUGGGUGUGUUCAUGUGCCGUCCUGCCCGUCUGCUUGUACACGUCACCUGCCUGCCUCCCCCGGUCCAGGAGCCGCCGAGCCUGGGGUCCUGGGGUCCUGGUCACGGGUUCGGGAUGCCGGAGGCAGUCUCUCGUGGCUGCAGGUGCAGGGCCAGCCCCUGUCUUCUGGCCCGCUCUAGCACUUUCUUCUCCAGGGGUCUGGUUCUUGUCAGAGUGACCUGGGCCAGGCACCCUCAGGAGACCCCCCUGGCGUGUCGGCCGUGCUGCAGCCCCUGGUCCCUUCUCGGCUGAGGCCGUGCUGUGCUGCACAGAGCUCGCGGCUCUGCUCCCACUGCUCUCCCAGGACCCAGAGCCAGUGCUCUGUACCAGGACCUUGGGGCUGCCCUUUGGGGCGGUCACCUUGCAGGUUUCUGCACCCCGUGAGCUGUGUUCACUGCACUGGGGGAGGAGGAGCUCUGUUGGGGGGCCUUCAACUCUGUAGCUGAGAGCUGGUCGUCGACGUCUGUAGGGGCAGGUUUCUGGCUGACGGGGCCCCUGUGGACGCAGCCCUGGGCCCCAGGAAGCAUUUGCUUGUCCUGAUGCCGUCCCGGGAGAUGUGGACACCAGGUGGCUGAUGGGCGCUCCACCAAGGGGGCACAGAGCCCUGCUUUGCGGUCACGCCCGGGCUGGUGGUCGGGCCGCUGACCUUCUCCAGCGCCCUUAGGGUUUGCAUGCCUGCCCCAUGUAAUGAGAGGCCUCCCUGGCCCGCGUCGGUGUGAGGGCCGCUCUCCACCUGCCUCCUUCCCUCUGCCGUCUUCUGCCGGGGCGGGGCGGGGCGGGGCGGGGGUGCCUGCACCUCGGCUCUUUGGGAGACUGGGGGCUGCGGGCUCCGUGCUCAGUUGUCUUCCUUUGCCCCUUCUUGUCUUCGCGGUUGUGUUUCUCCCCACCCUACUGACUGUAGCGGCGGCCUGGGGCUGGGGCUCUGGUCCCACGUGCUGAGACUGCCAGGUGCCCUCGCCCGCCGUCUGGUGGGCGACCUCUGCUCCUUGCUGCUGGCCUGGGCCCUGGAGCCUGUGCUCCCUGCCUGUUUUCUCUCUUUAGACACGGCAGCAGCAGAUUGGCCACUGAGCUCCAUCCGCAGAGGUCCAAGGAAAGCGGGGUGCCGCCUGCAGAGUCGCCCCGUCUCCAGUGGUGGUUUGCAAUAAAUCCGUAUGUGAGCA